AUGUCAAAUUACAAUGACGAACAUGGUAUUGGGAAUAGCCAGACUGCCACACCUGCACGGGGCGGCGUAGGCCAUGCUUCUCAAUUUCUGAACCUAGUCUCGCCUGAACAUUUGAGUCGGACUCCAGCUGGAGACUCGGAAUCGCAGCUUGACUUGGGUUUGGAAAACGGUGGCGAAAUAAGCCACCAAAUAGCCCAGCAGCUAUUGAGUGCUGUCAGUGAAGGUGGACUGGAGUUCAGAACAGAUCUAGACGACAACGAAAUGUUCAAAAGUCCCCAGAAAGGAAUGGACCAGGCAUAUUUUGACUCUCUAGAAAGAAUAAACAAGAAAAAAAUCAGGCCGGGCCAGACGUGCCCUAUCUGCGCGAGCGAAUUUCUGGAGGACCCAUACCCGUUGCUGGUGAGACUUCCAUGUCACAAGAACCACGUUUUUGACCUCGAAUGUGCGACGAGUUGGUUGAAGGAGCAUAAUACAUGUCCGAUUUGUCGAACUGAGCUUGACAAACCCAAGAAGGCAGUCGCGCAACCAGAUAGUGAAGAAGACGAGGAUAUGGCCUUCUUUGGGUAG